AUGUCCAUUUCUAACCUCUCCAGUCCAGAGACAGCAGAACAGGCCGAAACUCCACUCUUAAGCAACACUGUUGAUGGCUGCGUAGACUAUAAGGGCAACCCAGUUUAUAGAUACAACUCUGGCAGAUGGAGGUCUGCAUCUUUCAUAAUAGGUGUGGAAGUUGCAGAGAGGUUUGCAUUUUUGGGGAUAUCUUCCAACUUAAUAACGUAUUUAACUGGUCCAUUGGGUCAGUCAACGGCUACUGCGGCUGAGAAUGUGAAUGUGUGGUCAGGGACUGCUUCGUUGCUGCCUUUGUUAGGUGCAUUUGUUGCUGAUUCUUUUCUUGGCAGAUUCAGGACUAUUGUUGUUGCCUCAUUUGUCUACAUUUUGCACUUGGCCAAGGAGGGCACAAGCCUUGUGUUCAGGCUUUUGGAGCGGAUCAAUUUGAUGGACAAGACCCUGAGGAAUGCAGAGCCAAAAGCUCAUUCUUCAAUUGGUGGAUCUAAGAGAUAUCGUUACACUGUGAAAAGGGAAGAGAAAAAUGCAUUUUUGAGAACUGGUAAGGUCUUUUUCGUAGCUAUCAGGAAUCAGCGAAUUACUCCUUCCGCAAUAGCUUCUGAAGAAGAAGAAGGUCAUGGAACCCUGGAUCAUCAAAGUUAUGAGCAAUUCAAGUUCCUAAACAAAGCGUUGCUUGCUGCAAAUGGCUCAAAGGAAGAUGGAACAUUGUGUACCCUCAGUGAAGUUGAAGAAACUAAGGCAGUGCUCAGACUCAUUCCAAUAUGGACUACAUGCUUGGCAUAUGCUAUCGUGUUUCCAGUGUCCUCAACUUUCUUUGUUAAGGAAGCAGCAACCAUGGAUAGAUCGAUUUCACCAGGUUUUGAGAUACCAGCAGCUUCACUUCAAACCUUCAGCACCAUUGCCUCAAUUCUCUUUAUUGCAAUCUAUGACCGUGUCUUUGUUCCUGUUUCAAGAACUUUAACAAGGAAACCAUCUGGAAUUACAGUGCUUCAGAGAACUGGAAUUGGGAUGUUUUUAUCUACUGUUUCGAUAGCAGUUGCUGCUCUAGUUGAGAUGAAGAGGCUCAAAACUGCUCAAGAAUAUGGUCUAAUUGACAAGCCAAAUGUGAUGGUUCCAAUGAGCGUUUGGUGGUUAAUUCCUCCUUAUAUCUUGUUUGGAGUUUCUGAUGUUUUUACCAUGGUUGGCCUGCAAGAACUCUUCUAUGAUCAGGUCCCUAGUGAUUUAAGGAGUGUUGGUCUUUCACUCUACCUCAGUAUUUUUGGCGUAGGAAGCUUUCUAAGCAGCUUUCUCAUCUCUACCAUUGAGAAAUUGACUUGUGGGAAUGGUCGCUAUAGCUGGUUCGAUAAUAAUCUGAAUCGGGCUCAUCUUGAUUACUUUUAUUGGGGACUUGCUGUGCUAAGUACCGUGCAAUUGUUGGCUCCCAGGGACCAAAGUCACCAAACAAUUAAAGCAUUAGGGUUGCUGAAAGAUGUCCCAAGCCAAGUAGACUUUCUCAUGUUAGCAGGCAGCUGA